AUGAUUACGCGUUCGAAUCUGGCGGAGCAGCUGAGGGAGUACCAGAUUCGAUCGAAGAACGAUUGGGCUUCCUUCUCCUUCUUCUCCUCCACUGCCAACAUCCCGUCGAGGUAAUUUUCCGCCUCGUUGAUCCCGUCGUUUUUGCCUGUCGUCGUCGUUGUUGCUCUUCUUCUUCUCCAUCGCUGAAUCGUGUUCAGAAUCUGAGGGCUUCACCCGCAUGAGUCGCCAAGGGUCCAUUCUUCUAAUCAUGGGCUGGUGAGGGUUCCUCGAGAUCCCCUGAACCAGCUUCGUCUUCUACCUCUGGCGCGCCAGGACUUUCUGAAGUGCGAGAAUAUUACUGCCAGGAACCUACGCACUUUUUCUGUUGCUAAUCUUGUCCUCGUUCGCCAAGAGAAUUUGUUUAAAUCGAUGAAACAGCUUCGAUAUGUCUUGUGAUCUUGAUUGGCUGCUACUGCGGGGAUUUCCAUUUGCACGGAGAUCUCCGAGAAGAGAUAGAUUGGUGAAUCUCCCGAGAUCUAGCGAUCUAUAACACUAGACUAUAGUGCCUUAGUUGGCUGGCAGAUGAAGAUACUUCGGGCUUCGGGCUAAUUGAGAUCCGUUCUGGUGUCUCCAUCACCGGUGCUCAUUUCUGUGGUCUCCUCCCUAUCCUCGUGAACGGCACAGUUGCGGAAAUAAUUGAGUUCUAUGAGGAUGGACAUAAGAUCUCUCGGAUUUUGUGGUAAAAAGGGAAGACUAUGGAUGGAGAUUGAUGAAAUCGGGAAGAAUCAUUAAUAGGUUUGAGGUGCAAGAAGAAAGAGACGAAGAUGAAUAAUCACCCACUAGAGUUUAAUUUUGUUUAAUUUUCAUUUUUUUCCAUUAAACUGAGAAAUUUACAAAACGUUGUUGAUGAUCUUGAUGAUCCUCAGGGUUGUUUCAUGGCACUUCCCCUGUGGUGGUUUAGGGUUUUUCUUUAAUGAUAAGAUUGCAUGUUGCUGAACUAAAUCGAUAAAUUUUUCUUUAAUGAGACCAAGCCACUCAUGUGGGGUUCCAUUGCCAUCCUCUCCUUCUCCAUUACCCUCCGGAUGUCAACAUGCUGGUUGAACCAGUAUGAUAGUCAAGGUUGUUGUUGGUCCUUCAUAAGACGAAGCUCUGGAUUCUUUCUUCAUUUGGGCAUCGUCCCAAUUCGGUGGGAGGAUGAGAUGUAAUCUUCUCUGUCUCGUCCUAAUUUCUCUGGAUAUUGGCGAAAAAAACAGGAUUUAUAAUUCGGCAACUCUCCCACAUUUUUUGGACUCCACAGGGUUAUUUUCUUGAACAGAAUUUCUCCUCCCUAUGGAGGAACAACGGAUAGAUUACUACCCAGUGAGGAAAUAACUCACUAACGGAGCUGGUUCGGCUUCUUUUGAUCGCAGGGCGGAUGUCGUCAUCUCGGUGCUGCUGGAGCUCUGGAUCUUCGCCCUGCUGAUCUUCUCGGGGAUCUCUCUGUACCUGAGGUACAUGAGGGUGGCCUUCUUGCUGAUAUGUGCGGCGACCCUCUUGUUUGUGUUUAUGAGAGUGGUGAAGCGGGUGAGGCAGAACAGGAAGAGCAAGCGGAGGAUGCUCUUGCCCCUGUCGAUGUAG